CCACUCCUAAUGGCUAAGAAUGUCCUAAAUGAAAAUGUGAUAGUGUUGUAUCCAAUAAGGGGUCAACACAUCACAAUGGUGACAGAACCCUAAAUAGGGGGUUGCCGAUGUGCAUGGUUACACCAGAAUGUAAUGCCGGUGGACAUUCCAUUUAGCCAAAUCCUGCAUGUCUAUUAAAAUUCUCUGUAAUACUAGAGCCGGCUAUAUAAAUAGAGAUUAAAAAUAAUUUCAUAAUGAUUGAAAUAAUAAACAGUUGGAAAACCACAAAAUAGCAACCAGCUUAGACACGAAAGAUGUGAAGAUUCACAUUGCCUUACUACUUACCGUAAUGGAGAAUGAAUGUCACGUAGCAACGGCAUCUCCACAUGUCCUAGGAAGACUGGAAAUGUAUUCAAUACAUGUAGCCAAAAUGACUCAGCAGAGCAGUACGUUGCCAAAUUCAGGAAACCGGCAGACCCUUGAGAAUUUAGAGCACUGAGAGAACUUAAUUUGGGAGAGGCUUUUGAUUGGCACAAAAGACAUGCUAGAGCUUGCAUGCUAAUCGAGCCCCCUAUUUCGCUGGCUUAAAUCUCAAUGCCCUACAUACAGUGCUAGAUGCAGAAUUUGUGGCAAAAGAAAUCCGCAAAAGAAACUGGUAGAGUAUGCAAACAAGCUCAAAAAAUUCUCAGCUGAACAUGACUAAAAGAAACUCAGAGGUAGACCCUUGAGAUGACAUACUGUACAUAUCACAUGUGAACUCAGCCCAAAGCACACCUAACAAAUGGUUCAUUUCACAGUGAGGAAGCUCUUCCAUAUGACCCUGCUCACAUUAUUAAAUGUCAACUAGAUACAGAAUCCACCAUGAAUGUCAUUGGAUACUGGGAUGUACAACGAAUCAUACAAGAUGGAAAUGCAAAGCUAAAGCCAAACUAAUGCUCUGAUGGCACAUGGAUGAAACCAAAAUGGGAAUGUGAUGUGAACUUGAGGCAGAUCAUGAUAGUAACAUUUACAAACUGAAGUUUCAGGCACUGCUGACCAUUGUCUCCAUAGUUUCCAGCUCAGACCUGUGAAAGGCUUUGCCUGCUACAAAAAAAGCAUACUUGUGUUGCAUCACAUAGGCAAUGCAACCAUCACACCUCCAUACCCAACAACAGAAGCCAUGAUAGCAGAAUAUGAGCAUAUCUAUAAGCAGAUUGGCUACCUCCCAGAUGAAUUGCACCUAACAGUUGAUGAAGCAUCUGUUCCAUGCAGCAGCUCCCUAGAAGGAUUCUCAUACUGCUUAAAGGGAGAAUCACACAAGCCAUGGAUCAGUGACAUGGUCGUUAUUGAAAAGCCUGCCUAUGCUUAGAUCCCAGUGCCCUUUUGGAGGUUGCACUAUCAAAUGCAAACCAUUGAUAGGAGGCUGCCAAGCAUUUCAGAGUCUUCUCUGUAUUGGAUGCCAAGGAUGGUUAUAAGCAGGUGACGUUGGACACAAAGCGGAUACCUCACCACAUGUUGGACACCACUAGGCUAAUCUAAGCGGUUGCUAAUGCCUUUUGUGUUCAUGCCAGCUGCUGAAGCACAUCAGUGUGUACAUGAACAUGAAGCACUCCAUGGACUCACAAGGGUAAGUGUCAUUGCUGAUGCCGUUUCGGUCUACGGAUGUGGUGACACCGAUGAUUAAGUACUGGAAGAUCGCAACUAAAAACUCUUCAGUCUCCUGUGCAGGACGCAAAAAGAAACUCCGACAGAAACUUGCGUCUAUAUCAUAUGUGGGCCACCUCCUCACCACAAAAGGCCUCUGUCCAGGCCCAGAGAAAGUCAGUUUCAUCAAAGAACACCCAAAUGCCAAAAGAUGUGAAAUCAAUACAGCGGCUACUUUGAUUUGUCAGCUGUUUAUCGAAGUUCUCACUGCACCUGGCUGAUGUAUGUGAACCCUCAUGCCCACUGACGGGGAAAGAAAAUGCUGCAUGACCAUGGUUUGAGCAGCGUGACACAGCUGUUGGGAAAAAGUCAAGAACCUGGUCACAAACUGUCUAGUAUGCAUGUGCGUUCCAUGUGGAUUGCAUUUCGCAUUUGACUUUUGUCAUGUAGAUGUGUGAGCAUGUGCAAAGGGUAGUGUAAAUGGAAGGUUUCGAUAAGUCACCUGUGUGCAACAAAAACACGAAAAAGAAAUAUUAAAUGGAAGAUUGAAUUAUUUCCUUUUUGUCAUGGAAGAUGUGAAUUCUUAUUUUUUUUCUACUCAUUUUCAUUUGAAAUUGUGACUGGGUUGUGUCAUAGAGAGGGAGAAAGUUUAAACAUGAAAUGGACUUAAAUUUUAAUUGUCAUAAGUACGUACAUUAAUUUGAAAAUGAAAACACAAAGAAGGCUUAUGCAUUUGAAUUUGAAGUUGGUCAUGAUUCUGGCACACAUCAAAUGAAAAUCAAAUGCAAUUGCUGAUGUGGAUUUUAAUUUGAAAUAUGGAUUAUGGACCGGAUUAUGCUUUGAUACUUGUCUGGCAAAAAGAUGGAAAAAUAUUUGGGGCAUUUUGGUCAAGCAGAGCUUGACGUAUGAAUAAAACUUCUAUUGUCAGUUAACAGACAGAAAGGUCGGUGGGAGUUCAUUAAAUUUUCACACCCUGUCAAAAUAACAAGGUCCCCUAAAGUCAAGCAUUUGGGAUUACACAUUAACCUUGUUUUUAAUUAAUCCGUUUUUUUUUUUUUUUGUUUGUUUAAUUACAAGUGCUACUAAAUGUCUCUUUAAACAAUUGUUUGCAGUUUUAAUUGUCUCAUAAUUAGUAAUCAGUAAUUGUGGUUUCAUGAACUAGUGAUUAAUACCGAAGUGCUUCAGCGUGGUGAAAUGGUUUUUAAAUUAUUUAUUUUAAUGUAACGCUUCAGGAAUAGCAGUAUAUUCCAUUUUCUAACAAAAUUUGUAAAUUAGUUUAUGAAUUUAGGAUGUGUUACAGUACUGGAAUUAAGACUAUUGAAUAUAAAGACAUUAUAUUACAGACUUAAUGUAUGCAUUUGCAUGUAAAGAUUUGAUAAUCUUUCAAAAUGAGCUUGCAAGAUUAACCACUAGGUGGCGACGAGAAGCAGUUGUAUGUGAAGUCACAGCUUCUGUUGAGGACUCCAGAUGCCAUACUGUGACAUUUUCAGUUUCUUGGUUUAGAGACAAGAUUAAGUGGUGAGGGCUGUAGAAGCUAGAAAGAGUGUAAUGCUUGUAAUGUAUCAUAUAUCUAUUAAUAUUUGUAUAUACAAACACACACAGCUGCCUGUCUUCUGUGGUGGCCUUGGAGAGGAUUGUGUGUCAUGUCUCAUCCUGGGGCAUGGGGUAUCAUAUUGGUGUUGUAUACGUCCAGAAUUAGCACACUGCAGGGCGUUCUAAAAAAAAAAAGUAAAAAAACCACAGAGAAAACGGUGUUGGAAAAAGAAAUUGACUAAUCCCAAUCCCAGGUGAUCUGCAGGAGAGGAAAGGGUCACUACCCAUCCUUGUAUAUCUCUCUGCACUUCCAGAGCUCUACCAGAACUCUGGUUUCUGUCCGUGUAGAAGUCCUAGAGGAGCCCAAUUGCCUUGUGCAGCUCCAGUAAGUAGGGACCGGCUGGCUCCCUGCUCCUCCCCGAUGCUGCACCCGCUCUGGAGCUGCAGAGAACAGGUCUGGGGUACUAAAAAGACAAACGACUGAAACCUGGGCACAAAUCAGGCAGAAUCUGUCCAGGACAACUUUGUGGAUUUUGCACAGGUAUUACUGCUCGUUUGCAUUUUACAGGUUGGAGUCUUGACAGCCCUCUCCUUCCUAAUGUAAAUGCAAGACCUUCUCUCUCUUGGGCAAAACGGAAGAAAAUUGCUUCUUAAAAACACAGGCCUGCUUCUGCCUCUAUUGGGGGGAAAAAAAUGUAUAAUUUGUCUUGUAGUUUGGGGUGGCUCUUGCUGAAGUCAGCCUCUCAGCAGCGUCAGUGAUCUCUGAGUAAAGUAAAGUCGACCUCACCCUGUGCAAACGGUGAUCAUGCCCCACUCCCCCCACCGCCCCCCCUCUCUGCAGCUUUCAUCCGAAGCGGGAGACUCCUUAUCCUGACUGUGAGAAGAGACACCCGCCCGGCCUCUCUCCCGCCCCGGCUGUAAUCUAGCGUGCCUUUCAUUCUCCGCAAAUCCCGCUUCCGCGGACUUCAAAGAGGCCGUCCGAGAGCGAGCGGGCGAGCGAGCCGGGGCAUAUUUUGAUUUCGCACACACGCGGUGGAGGGCGGCGUACGGAGCGAUUUUCUCCCGUGAAAUAUUCAGAAUUGAUACACUGACUGAGGGAGCUGGCGGUGAGACCUGGGGAUGAUAGGGGUUUUCACAGGAGUGCUAAUGAGGAGUCUUUCAGCCCGAGCAGGUCCUGUGGGCUGCCGAUAAGCUGCUCCUCCACGGGGUUGGGAAUAAUAAUGAGGACCGCUUUCGGUAUUCUUGCCGUACACUGGUUCUGGCUGUGCCGUAAAAGCCCCCCCCCCCCUUUUUUUAAAAAUGUGUGCUCUUCGUCUAGCAAAAAUUUCAUAAAUCAAAAUAGAUAUACCUUGCUAAUCACAGUUUACACAUUUAUAAAUCUGGAUGUUUACUAAGGAGAUUCUGUUGAAGAGUUGCCCUGAUAAGAUUCAGUGACAAUGACUUACCUAGCGUUCUGGUCUGGCACCACUCUUGUCUGUAACCGUAAUGCUGUGAAUACAGCAGUAGAGCCCGAUUGUAAAAAUAAAUAAAAUUUAAUAAAAUAAAAUUUUUAAAACACCACACCUUCUGUAAGAGAUGGGUCAUCCUACUCCACUGUCAUCUUUAAAACCUGAAAACUCAUUCAGGUCAAAAGCAUCCAAUAUUUUCUUCACAUUGUCAUUUCCUCGGGUGUGUUUUGCACAUGUAUGCAGCAAUAGAAGUGCGACCGCAGAAUUUAUUUUUUUUAUGUCGCCAUUAUCAAAAAUGACAAAACUACUAUCUCAUGCAUUGGAUCUUCUGGAGGUUUCCUGACGUAGAGGAAAGUAGAGGGCACUGACUGUACCUGCUUGGUUAAAUAUAUCUGAAUGCAUCUGCAUUUGGUACACCGCAGAUGCUAACUUUUCUGGAGAUCCGUGUCUGCUUGUUGCCUUGUGACUAGCACACUUUGUUCAGUCGACAAAAUGGUGUGAACAGAUUAAAUGGACAGUGGAUGCUGGGUUGCUCCGUGGAGAGCGGGGAUAUUGAUUGUAUUUCAAAACUACGUGCAGCACGGCAAUUUAUCUUCCCCAGUCCUCUGAGCAGAGCCUCUGCUCAUGGCCUUGGAGCAUAUUUGUGUGGCAGGAAGUGGCCUGACUGUGCAGGUCCACCUGUCGGACAGGACUCCGUCUAUCAAAGCUCCUGUGCUGCCAAUCAAUCCCUUCAUUUUCAUUUCGGUCUCUUCACUAACAUUAUAAGUUACAAACUGACGAACAUUGCACUAUAAAAAGUCAUCAGAACUGGCAGCUAAUGUUUUACAGUAAAAAUGUUUUCCUGGCCCGGUUACACAUUUGUGAGCAUUUCAGUGGAAUCUGUUAAAGUUGUGGUUAAAUUAUAAUCACUAGUACAGGUUUAUUUCACAACAUUCUAACCCAAAGAGCAUGACAGUACUUCUGAUAAUCUUCAGCAUUAUGUGAACUGUUUGUAUACAUACUUGGGGUCAUAAUGCUGUCUGGGAUAAAUGUAAUACACCAUGAAUCUGAAGUUCCUUAAAUGCUGGGUUUGCUGUUUGUGUUUGUUUACCUUGAAUAAUGGCAACCACCUAGUGGCAACCAUAUAUUACAGGGGUUCACAGCUCUGGCAUUGUAGAAAACCUGUGUAUCCUGGUUUUUUCCCCAACCUUAAUUCUAAUGAGGGAUGGCUCUCUCUGUUAAUGCCUUAUGAUGUCAGGAAUUUAACAAAUGGCAAUUCCAUAUCAAUUUACAGAUUUUAAUCAGUAAGAUAAGUGCUUUCAUUUUCUGUAAUGAGCUAUGGAAAUGGUUCCUUUUAAAAGCCCUUACAAUUUGUUUUACAAUAGUUGAGGGACCUACAGUUGAAAUCGGUGAACUUUUUAAAUGUUGAUAGUGUGGACAGCAGCUGAUCAUUGAAGCAAACAUUUUGUGGGAAAUUGAUCUUGAUGUAAAACCGAUCGGUAACGAAGCAAAUUUGUAUUGUGUUCCAAUGUCUUUCUGUACAAGUUUAUGGAACUUAAAUCAGUGUUUCAAAUGACCUUAAUUAAGUGAUUACUUGGAACGGAAACCAGUCCAGAAUACGCUGAGGUUCGCUCCAGGAUCAGGGACGGCGUUGGGAACCCCCUGCUAUAUUAGAAUAAACGGUGGUGGAGGUAAAUAAAUAACGUUGCUUAUAUCGUAAUUACAGCUCUCUGAAACCAUUGUAAUCUUAGUCACUUCUACAGGACAUCUCAUGUGUGGGCCAUUCAUUGAUUUAAUACAUCGCUGAGUAUACAAUCUAGGCCUUUUCAUCAAUAAUUAAGCGAUGUAAUUGUGAUGACACGUGAUUUACCACAUUGUCCGGGAAAUUUCCAGUAGCUCGUCCAGUUACUCCACCUACAGACGUGCCACCGGACAGCUCCGGUAGUUUAUCCAGCAAACUAUCCAGCGCAACACCGCUAGCGUAAGGUCAACCUGUCCCUUGCCAAGAACCGUCAAAUUUCAUACGCGUGUCUUCCUCUGUGCCUCGAGUUCCCAGGCCGCCAUGUCCAAAUUGGAUCUGCCCCCGAGCUACGAUGACUGGCCUGGUCCUCAGGCUGGGUCUCACCCGCAGCCACCACCGUACCCUCCCCCUGCCUAUGAAGACCAGGCCCAGCCUGCCCCGUACCCGCCGUACCCACCAUAUCCAGGGACGUACCCCCCUGGACCCCAGCCUCAGCAUCCCACACCGUACCCAGCCCAACCAGGCCUGUACCCUCAGCCUUGGCGGGGUGGGGACCUAGGGUACCAAACCCCCAGAAUGCCACACAUCAUGCCCCCAGUGAUUCCUCCAGUGACACCUACCACCCACCCAGACUCCGGAGACGCCGAGGGGUUCGCCACGGCUGGCAGCUGGAACAGCACGGCUGUUCGGCAUGCAUUCAUCCAAAAAGUUUACCUUAUUUUGGCGGCUCAACUUCUCGUCACGGUCUCCAUUGUGGCAGUUUUCACAUUUGUGGAACCAGUUCGCCUGUUCGUGGUCAGAAACCCAGGCGUAUAUUGGGCGUCAUACGCUGUGUACUUGGUGUGCUACAUUGUACUGGCCUGCUUUGAAGGACCUAGGAGACGCUUUCCAUCAAAUCUGAUAUUCCUUGCAGUUCUCACACUGGCCAUGUCCUACAUGACAGGAACGAUAUCGAGUUAUUAUGACACAAAAGCAGUGUUUCUGGCUCUUGGAAUCACACUGAUAGUGUGCAUCAUAGUCACUGUCUUCUGCUUUCAGACCAAGGUGGAUUUUACUAAAUGCAGAGGUCUUUUCUGUGUCCUCGGUAUGGUCUUCGUAGUCACAGGAAUAAUCUCCAUCAUUGUGCUCUCAUUUCAUUAUGUCCCGUGGCUCGAUAUGCUUUUGGCAGCCGUAGGCACCAUUGUUUUCACCUUGUUCUUCGCCCUCCACACCCAGCUUCUGAUAGGAAACCGCAAGCACUCCAUUAGCCCUGAGGAGUACGUCUUUGCUGCACUUUCCAUCUACCUCGACGUCGUCCAGAUCUUUCUGUUCCUCCUGCAGAUCGUUUCGGUGUCUUCGAGCAAUGACUGAAGUACAGACGCGUUCGUUUUAUUUAUUCGUGUUUAUUCGGAUGUUUCUCUAAAGUGUGUUCGUGAUAUUGAGGAAAUAUGCUCUGGAUGUGCUUGGCAAGAUCCAGCUUCUGAUCCUGCCAGGAUAACUAUUGAUCAGUGGGAAACAAUUUUAUUACUUCUUACUGGAGAGAUGAUUUAUUUAUCUUGAUAUCCAAAUUGGAAAGUGAUGCGUGUGUUUAUGUGUGUGAGAGUGCGUAUGUAUGUAUAAUUAUAUACAGUUGCAAGAAAAGGUUUGUGAACUCUUUGGAAUUACCUGGAUUUCUGUAUUAACUGCUUAAAUGUGGUCUGAUCUUCAUCUAUCACAAUAAUAGACUAACACAAUUUGCUUAAGGUUAUAAUAAUAUACUUCUUCAUGUCAAUACUGAAUGGAUGAUUUAAACAUUCACAGUUGAGGCUGGAAACAGUGUGUGAACCUCGAGGCUAAUGGCCAGAAGCUAAUUGGAGUCAGGUGUUCGAAUCAGUGAGUUUGGAGGUGUGGAUUGGAGGUGCCUUGCCCUUUAAAAAGGUACACAAAGUUUGGUUACUGACAGAGUUUGUAUAUAUAGUGCCCUUCAUAUGUACACUUUCAGAAAUGUAGUUUCUAAAUUAAGAAAGUCAAGAAAGUGAAAUGCUAAUUGUUUUGUUCUGUACUGUACUGUUUUAUUGUGGUGCAUGUUCAGCUUGCAGUGCCUGAUCUGUUGCCCUAUCGUAAUUUUAUUAAAUAAUUACAUUUGAAA